GUGAAAAUAAAACAAAUCGUAAGAAAACGAAGAAGAUAUUAUGAUAAAAUGGCUAUCACCAAAAAUAUUCUAGUUGCAUUUGUUCUCACCAUUCUGCUUGCCUUAUGUUCAUUGUCGUAUAACAUCUGAUGAAAACAUUUCUGCCUAAGUGAAACAAAACAAAUCAUAAGAAAAAGAAGAAGAUAGUAUUAUAAAAUGGAUAUCACCAAAAAGAAUCUAGUUGCAUUUGUUCUCACCAUUCUGCUCGUCGUAUCUUAUGUUCAUUGUCGUACAACAUCUGAUAACAUUUCAGGUUUUGUAAUCAAAAAGGAGGAUAUGUGCUUCAAAACAAGUGAGUGUUUGCAACCCGGCAUGGGGCCGGGGGAGUCAUUGGACAAAGUUUGCAUUGCAUUUUGUCAGAGGAUGAAGUUUAAAUCAGGCUGGUGUGAAUUCUAUGGUAGUCCAUGCUGUUGUUCCUCUAAAUAAGCAUGUGUUUGACUAAGAAUCUAAGAUAUAUAUAUAAUACAAUACAUACUGGUGUUAAACCAUUAGACAAAAAAAAAUACAUACUGCAGUACAAGGAAACAUAAUUCGUUUUCAAACGUGUUAGAUUUUUAUUUAAAUAUACUAGUCGUUUCGCAAGUUUUCUUGUAAUGAUCAGUAGCUUUCAAUGUUUUAUUGUAUCGUUAAAAUAUAUAUGAGAGUGUAUAAAGUUCCAAGAAUGGAAUAUUUUCACUAAAAUGUGGUUACCGACGGCUCUUUAGGAAUCAAACUACACAUUUAACACUUAGAAUACCAUGAUUUGGCAGCUGGGAACAUCACCAAAAUCAAUUGUUACGAUAUAUAGUAGUGCAUGUCUAUGAGAUAACUUCCAUCGUCAUUAUGUGGAACAACUUUGAUUACAAAAGAUUGCAAUGGCUCAGCCUCAUUUUAUGCGACGGAUGCUCCCAGCCUCUCACCCAUAUGCAAUUAAAAAAAACCGUAGCAUGCCGGAACUACGAAGCACUACUUCCAUGCUCGUGAAACCUCGAUCUUUGUGACCUUUCUUAAUGAAGACUAAAAACCAAAAAAUAACAUAUGAACUUUUUAAAAGAAUUCAGUCAAUGCGACUGUUAUUAUAAAAAGAAAUAACACUCUACGACCGUAAAGUAUGUAAAUUGAUUUUUUUCAUCACAAUUCCAUUUGAAACGUAAGGUAUUUCCUUCUCAAAGUAGUCAUUGGAUAUACAAAUGGUACCAAUUCAAGAUCAUUGACCAAAAUAUUUUAAUAGUUAUGGCAAAUUAUAAUUAAUUUGUUCCGAUUUUUCAUAAUGAUUAUUUUUGGGUUAAUUUAAAAAAUACUCUAUUUAUAGUUUAGAAUUUGAAAAAUAAAUCUAUAUUUAUAUUUUGAUAACUACACUUUCUUUAGUAACUAAAAUACAAAUUAAAUAUCUGUUUUAGUAACUAAAAUACAAAUUAAAAAUGCUAUAUUAUGAUUAUUAGUGUUUAAAAUAAAUAUACGCCUAAACACAAAUAUAUUAUUUUACUAUUUACUAUUUUAAGAUAGCAUUGAUAAAUACAAAAGAUUCUAAAAUCUUUAUAAAUUUUAUGAAAGCUCUGGCUACAAUUAAGUUUUGAAAACAUCACUUCUAGUACAAUUCGAUUCUUUGUAUACAGAUGUAUGUAUGUGCUAACUGACUUCAAUCUAAUAUAGUUUUAGAGGAAAUUAUAUUGCAUCUUUUUAGAGGGGUUUCUAUCUUGUGAUUAUGUUGACCGCUGGUUUUGGAAUUUGUGAUAUGCUGCAUGUGGCUUCUCCGAUCAAUGUAACUUCUCUAUUUCACUGAGAGUAUGGCUCCAAGCCAUUUAAUAGAGUUUCUGCUAUUAAACUUUUCACAAAAAUCAAAAUUAGUUUGCACAGUAUAAUUAUUAAACUGAUGAUGAUAAACAACAAUACGGGUAUCACAUUGAUUCAGUCUGUUUUUUUGGUUGAAUUUGUUAGUAUAGAUAUUAAAAUAAUCAUGAUCACAAAAUAUAUUAGAAUUAUAUUGGAUAAUUUAGUCAAUUUACUUAUAUAAAAGUGUUGUUUCCAAAAAAAACAAAUAAAUGUGUAGUUUUCAAAUAAGAUCUCAUGUUAUUCAAAUUUUCUCUUAUUUUCAACGUUUUACUUAAAUUUUCAAAGUCAAAAGAGGUUGAGAUUUUGUUGAUCAUUUGGUAGAACUAGGAUUUCUGACUAGAAUAACUCAAAUUAUAUUAAUAUUUAUAUCAACCUAAUUUAUCCGGUGAUACUAUUCUUUUUUACCAUUACUCGGUAAAAAUAUGUUCUAUGUGUCUACAUAGUUCAUGUAAUAUAUGGUCAAAUGUGCCUAAAAACUAUUUCACUGGAAGAAAGAGGAGUUAUCCACGUUACACAUUUAUUAACUACACAUAUAUGCACUGAAUUUUCUAUUUUAUAUGGCCGAAGCAAUAUAUGAUUAUAACCCCCCCUCCCCCCCCCUCCACAACCUCUAAUACUAAACAUUAACCCAACCGAUAAAUAUUAAACUCUAAAUCCCAACCACUAAACCCAAACCCAAAUAUAAAUAUAGUAUAAAUUUAUAAUAUUGUAAGCAAAUUCAAAACUUAAAUUAAUAUAAAAUAUUAUGUAAUAUUAUACUAUGCUAUAUACAUAAAUAGACAUGAAAGAAAGAUGAGUCAUCUCCGUCACAUGUUUAUUGACCACAUACAUAUGCACUGAGUGCUACUUCCUCUGUUUUUAAAAGAUGCAUAUUCUAGACUUUUCACAUAUAUUAAGAAAACUCAUUAAAUAUGCAUUAUUUUUUGUGAAUAACAAUUUUUCAUAACUUUUGGCUAAUAAAAAUUCCAUAAACACCAUUAAUUUUUCUGAAACUUACAAUUUUUCAUAAAAUCAUCAUUGAAAAGGUAAAAAAAUAUAUUUUUUUGAAACAAAUUUUUUUUCUAGAACAUACAUCUUUUAGGACCGGAGGGAAUAUAUUCUAUAUGACAGAAAUAAUACAAGAUUAUAACUCCACCCAUAACCUCUAAUACUAAACAUUACCUCAAUCCAUAAAUAUUAAACCCUAAAUCCAACCACUAAACCCAAACCCAAUAUAAACUAUAAUACAUACUCCAUCUGUUUCAUAUUAAGUGUCAUUUUGACUUUGUGCACACAGAUUAAAAAAACAAUUAUUUUUUUGUAUUUCCUAUAUAAAAACACAGUUACCUAUACACUUAAUCAUAUUUCAACCAAUAGAAAAAUAAAUUACUGCAUAAAAUUAAUAAAUUUUGCAUUGAAAAUCGAAAAUGAUACUUAUAUUCCACAUAGCCGAAAUAGUAUAAAAUUAUAACCCACCCACAAACCUUAAUAGUUCAGAACGUUCUUUUGUACAAAACAACUUAACAUAAAUAAGAUAACAAAUGGAUGAUGUCUUGUAAAGCAAUCUGAUCGGAAAUAAGCGGAAUAUGAAAAAAAAAUGACCAAAGAAGAUAAAAAAUAAUAAUAAGGAAAAUAGCAAAGCAUUAAAACUUUUACGUGAACGUGUAAGAGAAUGGGACACAUACAUAAGUGGAAAGUGACCAAUCCCCAACACCUCAUCUUCAAAUUUAUUUAUUGUUUAUUACAUUAUUAUUGCCAUUAUUUUAUUCAAUUAAUUAUUAGUAUUAUUGUCUUUCGCAUAAAACAGCACUGCAACGAUAUAACAAAACAAAUCCUAUAAAAUAUAUUUUGGCAGUAGUUUAGACUAUUUUGUUAGACUAAAAAAGUAAAAAACCAUUUUAGUUGCCCGAGUAAAGAAACAAAAACGCACAUAUGUGCUUAUUAAACCUCUCUCUAACUUGCUCUACCUUCUCUCUACCAAAGUUUCUAAAUCAAAGAAUCUCGUCGGUGACCGGUGGUCUUUCCACCGGUUACCAUCUUUUUUAUUUUGUUUUUUGUUGUGAAUACUUUCGAUCUAUGUAUCGAACUUGCUUCGCGUAGGCGAUCUUGUUUUCGUUAGGCGAUUUUGGUGUGCUAAGCUUUAAUCAAAACAGACCCGAUUUUCACUCGUAAUGUUUCUCUAUUUUGAAUUAAAGCUGAAUAAAGUUUUCAAAUUAAACUUCAUCUCUCGUAUUUCAACUUAUCUAUUCCUGUUUGUCUCUAAAAUUUUCUUCUUCUUUAUCUGGCAUGCUUGAUCUUCAAGUUUGAAGAAAUCAAUCUUUGCUUCAUAUGGAUUUGGCAAAGUAUUCGGAUGAUUUGAAGAUUUGAGUUUUUACAAGUGAGCUUUUGGUUUGGUACAGUUUAAGAAAAGACAGAGUUUGUUCUAUAGACAAGUGUUCUGUCAAUAGCUGUGUCCUAAAUCAGAUAAUGCUUCUUGAAGAUGUUCACAUCCAGUGAAGACAGUAAGAGAGUCUCAGAGGCAACAGCGAUUGAGAGACUGAAGCAUACAAAUGGAAUCAAAGUUGGGUUCGAUCUUUGUGUUCCGGAGGAAUCGACUCGUCGGAGUUCAAGUCAGUUACCUUGCCGGAGAAGAGGCAAUCCUUUCCCAUGAGUGACACGUGGAGCCAGUUAAGAGAUGAUGGAGGCACGUAGAUGGACAACUGCCUUACUCUUGUUCAUCCUUAUCAUAUAAUUUAGGGUUUAAUUGGGCUCUGCAUUUGUAAUGGGUUUGAAUUCCAUUUGUAACAAAAAUUGCCCUUUGGGCUUUUAAUAUAAAGGUUGA